AUGCUUCGACCGAAAGAAGUCGCCAGCUACACUCAGGGUUUCAGUAAAAUUAUUAGCGAUUUUAUUCACCGAUUACGAUUAGUUCGAGAGCCUGGUGGGUCAGACAAAGAAAACGAAGUUAGUGAACUCGAUAAUGAACUUUUCAAAUGGUCGUUUGAGUCUGUGGCGGAGAUAUUGUUUGACAAAGUUUAGUUGUCGUUUGAGGAAAUCAACGAAGAGGCACAGACAUUCAUAAAAGCCCUCGGAGAUUUUCUGGCGCAUGCGGUCGAGGUCGAUUUUUUGCUUACUUGGUUUUACAAGAUCUACGAGACCCAGAAAUUUAAAAAGUUUUUCGAUAAUUUUGACACGAUGUACGAUUACGCCGAACUAUUUAUCGGGAGAAGAAUCAAGGAACUGGAGGAGAAGUCGUGCAAGCCAUCAAAGGAAACAGGACUGGGACAAGUGCAUGGUUGCACAUGGCGGACGCACUUUUUUGAGCUCUGUGGCUCCCUGAGAGAAAACAAUACGUAAGAGGAGUGAUCUUAGUAGUGCCAGUGGCGAAGAAUCUACAAAUUCACCAAACGCAAAGCGACUUAACGAAGAAAACUCAGCGGCAUUUUAGGCCACUGCACGUGGCAGUCAACCUAACGAAAAACGAGCACAGGAUUUAACAUUGGCGACGAUUGGCGCUUAAGAAAAUUGAAACAAAUAACAGCCUAAUGCUCGAACAGUAGACAGUCCUGAAAAGAAAUUAUGAAGAGCUACGAGCUAGUCUCAAGUUCACACAAGCCACGGUCGACUCUAUAGUGAAGGAAAACGAAGACCUAAAGAACAGGAUAAAAGCGAUGGAGAAAAACUAUGCCUCUCUACAGCAGAGAGUCGGAGAUCCGGUAGAAACUUGCAAGGCACAACAUGUUUCCAUGGAGGAGAAAUUAAACGAACUUUCAGUAAUGUACGACGAUCUUGAACAAUACACCACAAAAUUUAAUUUAUAUAUAUAUAUAUGGGAGAUGUCAAUACAUACAGUACUCUCUGUGGUUGGAAAUUCUACCUUUGCAAAGCCAGAAACGCUUGCUCGUAUGCCAUACCUGAAGGCCUGGUUACGAGAGACCCUCCGCCUUAA